UUCGGCGCUAACGUUAAAACAGGACCAGUUGCGUUGAGAAAAUUUCGAACCGAAAAUGAGCAAGUUUCUAGUUCUGUUUGUCAUCAUCACCGUUCUAUCGGCAGCGGCUUCCAUCAAAGAGUGGAAGAAUUUUGAAAAUGGAAAAGUUUACAGUCACAAAAUGCCCACUGAAAAAACUGAGACUCAGAAUCAUGGAGCUCGUAAAGCCCCAGUAGUUGAAGAACGUUUGCUGCACAGCCAUCACAGAGAAAAAAAGAUGAAAACUAGUUCACUUCAAGCAGCUGAUGCUAAACCAUACCGAAGUAAAAAUCCAGAAAGACAUCACAAGAAAAGCAUUGAAGAAGAAAUGCAUCUGAGACCCUUGAAUGAGCGCCACCAUAAAUUCCCAAAUCCUGCAUUAUUGGAUAAGACUGAUGAUGGUAAUCCACCUGAUCCAAAAAUCACCAAACAAGCACUUCUAAAUCAAGCUAAACAUGGAAGAGUGAAUAAUCGUAGAAGGCUACAUGGAAGAAGGCUAAAACGGAAUAGAUCUGAUCAGAAAAAUCUUGUACUCUUGGAUAAUAACUCAGAUAUCAGCACUGGAAAACCAAAAUUAAGCAAGGUCAAACUUACCACUAAGGAACCGAAUAAGGUCUUAGAUUUGAAAGAUGCUCAAAACAUGCAAAAUCCAUCAAUUCAAAAAAAUGAAUUUCCGCCAAAAUUAUCCGCAUAUUGGUAACAAAUUACAUUUAAAAGCCAAAUUUAGAAAAUUCCACAAGAAUAUUAUUAUGACAAAAAUUAUCAAAAUAAGUUUUUUUAUAAGUUUUUGGAAGAAAAAAAAAAGUUCAAACUAUAGAAUUAUAACUAAAUAUUCUUUCCAGAAAUAUCUAACUAAAAAUAAGGAUCAAAUAUAAAUUCUGGAAUAAAAAUUAAUUAUAAGAUCCUAAAAGUUAACUUUAAUUACACAAUUAUUAAAUUAUUAAAAAUAUUAAAUUAUACAAUUAUUAAAAAUAUUAUGCAUGUUUUUCAAUAUUAAACACUAAAACGAAAAAAAAAUUCGUUGAAAUUACAUGAAAUUCAAUAAUUAAUGAAUCUUAAAAAAUAAUUCAAAUAAUAUGGACAUAAAUAAGUCCAAAUAAUGUAUCAUCAUAUAAAUCAUUUGUGAAAUUCUGUGGCAGCUCAGUAGGAGUAUAGAGGAAUGUACAUCAAAAUAACUAAAUGUUUUCUAUGUUGUGAUGUAAAUAUUAUUACUGUAAAAAUAUUUUGUCCAUCUUUCCAUGAGCUAUUAUUAAUUUAGCAGUUUCGAUCAUAAAUAUAAGUGUUGUAUUUGUACCAUUUGGAAGUGCAAUGUAUCUGAUAAACAUACCUAUUGUGAAAAUCAACCAGCAUGUUUAGCAUAAGAAUUUUCUUUGCAUUUUGUAUACCUAACUGAUAAAUAUAAUUUGCAAAGCUUCAAGCAGUGUGAAUGACCCUAUUUCAUGUAAUUUAUCUGAUUCAAUAUGAUUUUGAAGGAAA